AUUCCCUUACUUUACAUGGCGUCUUACAUGGAUUUUCUAUCAAAUCUAAUCAUCAUACUUGCACUUCUUUUUUUUCUUCUUGUUUUCUUUUAUGCUUACAAUCAACAAGAAACAUAUGGGAGGAAGACAAAGAAAUAUCAUCCGGUUGCUGGGACGGUAUUUAGUUUGUUCAUCCACUUCAACACGGUGCAUGAUUACUUGACCAAUCUUGCAAAAAAAUACAAAACUUAUAGAUUGAUAAGCCCUUUCAAUGGUGAGAUCUAUACAACUGAUCCGAUGAAUGUGGAGUAUAUUCUCAAGACGAAUUUCGAAAAUUAUGGAAAGGGAACUUAUACCCACGACCUUCUAGAGGAUCUACUAGGUCAUGGAAUAUUUGCAGUUGAUGGGGAGAAAUGGAGAGAACAAAGGAAGGUAUCGAGUCAUGAAUUCUCUACAAAAGUCUCGAGAAAUUUUAGCAGUGUGAUUUUCAGGAAGAAUGCCAUAAAACUUGGAAACAUAUUGUUAGAAGCAGCAAAUAACAACCAUAAAAUCGAUAUAUAUGAUUUGUUCAUGAAAGCAACGCUAGAUUCAAUAUUUAAAGUUUCUUUUGGAAUUGAUCUUGACAACAUAUGGGGUUCAAGUAAACAAGCUGUAAGAUUCAGUCGUGCAUUUGAUGACGCAAACACGUUGACAAGUCGAAGAUUUUUUGACAUGUCUUGGAAGAUCAAGAAGUAUUUUAAUAUUGGGUCCGAAGCAGAAUUAAAAAAAAAUAUGAAAGUUGUUGAUGAGUUUGUUUAUAACUUGAUCCAGAUCAAGUCUGAACAAAUUCAUAAAACAACCGAUUUUUCGAUAACUGAAUCGAGGAAUGAAGACAUCCUAUCGAGGUUUUUGCAGUUGAAAUAUAAAGACCCAAAGUACCUACGAGAUAUAAUACUUAACUAUGUACUUGCUGGUAAAGAUCCUAUAGGGCUUACUAUGUCUUGGUUUAUUUACUUGCUUUGCAAACAUCCAGAAGUUCAAGAGAAGGUUGCAAAGGAUAUCAAAGAAGCAACCAAAGUGAAAGAGGAAAUAAAAAACAUUGUAGAUUUUGCAGCUUAUGUGAGUGAGGGUGCGUUAAAAAAGAUGCAAUAUCUUCAUGCAGCUUUGACAGAAACUAUCAGACUCUAUCCUGCUUUGCCAUUGGACCCAAAGAUAUGUUUUUCAGACGAUGUUCUGCCUGAUGGUUAUCAUGUGAAGAAAGGGGAUGUAGUAGCAUAUUUGCCAUAUGCAAUGGGAAGGAUGGAAUUCAUAUGGGGAGAUGAUGCACAUGAGUAUAAACCAAAAAGAUGGCUUGAUGAAAAUGGGAAUUUCCAUCCAGAGAACCCCUUUAAAUUUACAGCUUUUCAGGCUGGACCACGGACUUGUUUGGGUCGAGAUUUCGCAUAUAUGCAGAUGAAAAUAUUUUCUUCUAUCUUGUUAGGUUGCUUUGUGUUCAAGUUAAGUGACGUAAACAGGAUACCAAGGUACAAAACCUCAAUCAAUCUUCACAUCGAUGGUCCAUUGGAUAUUCGUGUUUUCAAGAGAUUUGGUUAAGUCAAUUGUGAAAUUUAAGAUGUAACUUUGUGAACAUAAGAUGCUUAUACAUUUGCUCUUAUAAAACGUAUACGUUAAAAUAGAAAUUUAAUAAGCUUUAUUAAAAAAAAAUAUGUAAUUGUAUGU